AUGUUCAAGAAACUAGAGGAUCUUUCCAAACCAACAUUACUUUCCAAGACUGGAGUCAAGGAAUUGAAGCAAUCAUUCAAUGAUUAGUACCCUUUUUUCAAAGAAAUAGAGGAUGAGGUAUUUCCUAAGAAAGCCAAUAUCUAAUCAUUUAAAUUAAGAAGUGAAUACAAAGUCGAAAUUGUCUAAGUUGACAAAGAUUAUAUUUGUUUUACUAAAGAAGAUUUAGUCAUUCCGCAUUUGAAAUUAGUCCACAAAUUCCCAGAUCUAUUAAUCAAAUAAUAGGUUGAUGCAGGAGCAAUCAAGCAUAUUUUAAGUGGUUCUGAUGUCUUGGCUCCAGGACUCAUUUCUUAAGGAGGACAACUUAAUCCAGCUUAAAAAGGAUAGGUUGUAGGCAUCUAUGGAGAAGGCAAGGAAAAUGCAAUGGGAAUAGGAAUAAUGACUGCAAAUUCUGAUGAUAUUAAAAAAGACCCAAAAGGUCAUGCAAUUUAAUUAGUACAUCAUCUUGGCGAUGCCUUAUGGUAAUUAAGUUUCAAAUGA